CACCCGUCGGAUGCGACAAAGCCUGUGUUUUAUUUUCUGUGGCCAAAAAAAAUGGCUCUCUCUGUCGUGUCCUUAUGCAUAGCAGUAGCUGCUGCUUUGUUGCUUUAAAUGUCCUUAUGCAUAGACCCUUUAUGAAUGAAAGCAUGUGACCCAAACAUCAUCUGACGUCUGGCCUCAGCAGCGCAAGCGAAGCAAACGGGGAUCAACAAGAGACUGGCCGUAUGACAAUUUCCUUAACAAUCAACAACAACCGGGUUCAGCCAUCGUGGUGCUCUACGGCGCUGCCGUUUCCUCUGUUUGGACUGCGUGUUGGGAGUUGUUUUUCGUGGCAUGACGACCACAAACAAGGGAAACAAAGCCUUGAAGGUGAAAAGGGAGCCAGGGGAGAAUGGCACAAGCCUUACAGAUGAUGAGCUGGUGUCCAUGUCAGUGCGGGAACUGAAUCAACACCUGCGUGGCCUCUCCAAGGAGGAGAUACUGCAGCUGAAGCAACGGCGGCGUACACUCAAGAAUCGUGGCUACGCCGCCAGUUGUCGUGUCAAGCGUGUUACACAGAAGGAGGAGCUGGAACGCCAGAAGGCAGAGCUGCAGCAGGAAGUAGAGAAGCUUGCCAAUGAGAAUGCUACCAUGAAAGUUGAGCUGGAUGCUCUGCGCUCUAAGUAUGAGGCACUGCAGAGCUUUGCAAGGACUGUGGCCCGAAGCCCUGUGGCUCCCAUAGGCAAUACAGCUGUUUCCUUGGGCAAUGGCCGUGGUCCACUGGCUUCAGUCAUUGGGCCCCUAGUGCCAGGCAAAGUGGGCACUACCAGUGUCAUCACAAUAGUCAAGUCAAAAACAGAUGCACGGUCUUAGUUGCAGGAGUUGAGAGAAUGAUGGGGGCCGGGUAGAGAAGGAGUAAGUUAUAAUGGGGGGGAAAUUAUCUAUGAAGAAAGGGAAGGCUUGGUCAGUGCAUUAUCCUUUAGGCACAGUAAAGAUGGAUAAAUUAGUCAGUUUUGUUCACCAUUUACCCAAUAUGUACUUGCCAAAAAGACAUGAAGGAUUGAGUCACUAGUGUAAACAAUCCAACCAAUCAUGUGCUGCCUAUUGGAAGUGAUUUAUUCUGCCUUUCUUGACCUCCAACUACCAAUAUAGUUGGCAGAUAUUACCAGGGCUUCCAGUGUGUGUGUUACACUGUAUUGUGGUGUAGUUAUAUUUUUAAGAUGAUGUUUCAAUAUUGGCCUUUUCACUCUCUAGAUAGGGCCCAUCCAGCAUUGCGCAUUAUUUCUACAGUGUUUUUGUAUGUGAUGUUCACAUGGGGUUCAAGUUAAUUCUGUGUGUGAUGUUUAAUGUUUCUGCUAAUGAAAUAUGUGAUGUACUGCAGUGGACAUAUAGUUUUAAUUGAUGUGCUGUGUUUAGCCAUGCUGCCGUCCUAUGUUGUGUGAGGUUAAAACACAAACUGAAAAGUCUAUUGUGCCAGAUGGGCGUGCAGUUCCGGACAGUGCUACUAUGCUAGCAAAUCAUUGCGGACAGAGAGGAAUCAAGACUUUCUCCACACUGAAAAAGAAUGACUUUUAUGGAAGUGGAUCAGGGACAAAAUUACAACCUACUGCACCGGAUUAUCAAAACAUAACAGCAGAUGAGUAAAAGACUGAAUAUUUUUACCUGUGCCUAGUCUUAUGCACUGACCAACCAGUGAUUAAUCAGAAGAGUUUUAAGAGAACGUUAAUCUAUGUUUUCCUUUCUCAGAGUGCUGUUGUAGCUGUUAGGAUUUCAAAACGCCUGUUUUAUGUGAAGAGAGAGUCCUUUUCAGCAGGGGUAAAGAACCAUAAGGUUAGCAUAGUGUUUUUUAUGUUUACAUUGGAUGCAAUAACAUAUUUGUGCAGAGAGCAAAAGAAAGCUGAAAUGAGGGCUGAAAUGCUUUUCUCUGUGGAGCUGCUUUGAGCUUUAGUUUUAUUUUGAUUUGUUGUAAGUGUUGUUUGUGAUCUAGGAUUGGUCUCUUACUGUUUUUACGAACGGGGUAAAGGGUAUUGUUACCUUGACUAAGGUGUGCUCAUUGUUUUCUACCUUUACUAGCAGUACUCAUUGAUAUCUCCAUGAGUAACUGUCGAUAUCAUGGGAUUUGUAAUAUUCUGAACACAGAAAAGAGUUAUACUGUACACGGAGAGGGGAGAAAAGAUACUUCUAGUGGGACUAUCUAGUCAUAUAGAUGGGCAGACUCACAAGCUUUACUGUAAAGUUGUUGCUGUGACGUUACUUAACGUAUUCUAAGAAUCUUUGUCUAUAUGGUUGAGUCUUGAAUUUUAUAAAACUACAUAGAGUAUCUUGAAUUAUUUAUAAAACUUAAAAAAAGAAAGUUGUUUGAUAUCUCUUUUUGCAAUUGUACCAAAAGUGGCUUAACUAUUGAAGUUGAUAGCUUUUUCUAGUAAUAGGCGCAUAAAACUGUGGACUAGCGCGUGGUGUGCUGUGUAAGUGACAAGGUGACAGUAUUGUUCACUAUUUGGAUGUGAGUGGUGUGUACUAUAUGGAUAUGAUGCUCUUCUGGUUUACUUUUAUCUAAAUGCAGGUGAUGAAGGCACUUACUGUCUUCCUCUAUGGCCCCAGUAGUUCCAUGUAAAUGUUGUAGAACAACAGUAUUGACAAGGUGUAUGUGGGGCAGUUGAGGUCCCUGGACAAAUACCAAAUGUCCUCCACAAUACAGAGAUGAUGAGAAUGCUGUAACUUUUUGCAUUCAAUUCUCAUCAUCUCUUUGGCAUUCUGUGCUCUCCCGACCAAGCAGAAUGGGUGUAGAAUAUAAAACAGUAUAGAAGAACUACUGCGGUGCCAUGUAGAAGAGAAUUAAGAUGGACCAGUGGAUGCAACACAUUUGUGUGUCAUAACUUAUUUUUGUGAGUUUUGUAUAUGUCUGCAUUUAAUUUUCUUUGUUCCCAAAUACCAGGAAAAUGAGAUUUCAUAACAAUUUUUCAACUCUGCAUUAGUUAAUCUCAAAUAUGAGCAUGAUCCUUUGGAAAGUUGCUGCUGUGCAGUAUCUGCAGAAAUUUUACAUUUUUGUAGCUGAAGAAUGCUAAAUAGAGAUAACUUCUAGCAAAAGAUCAAAUCCAAUGACUAAUAUGCUCACAGGUGCCCUAUACAUUAUACAUAUACAUAUUUAUUUUUCAAAAUCAUACUGAACAUGCUAAGUGGUUUCAGUUUUGGUGACCGUAGAGGAUUACCAAGAUGCAAAGUCUGAAACACUUAAUAAGGUAAAAUGAUAUUUCCUGCUAGAUUAUAAAAACCCAAACCUACCCCGCUUCACCAAAAUUAGGUCGUAAAAACUUGCAUAGUGUGCCUUUACUUUGUCAAUUCAUUUAAUAUUUUAUGAAUUAUGCGUGUGUUAAUAUAUCACUGCCCUUUUUGGUCCUCAAUUAAAUAUAUUGCCAAAUUAUUUUUUAGAACUGUUGUCUGAAGACUAAACAUGGAUAGACGCAUAACUGGCAUUAGUAGAAUAUGGCAUAAAAGGAAUAUUAUGAAUAUGAUUGUGUUUUCUGCCUUUUAGAAUAAAAUAAUUUUAUUAUCUGUGAAAAUUGUUCUGUAGCCAUUUUGGUCUGUUUUGACGUUGCUUUUGUAAACAGUGUUAAAGUUCUCUUAAUGGCUGUGGCAGUUCUGUGGCGUGUCACAUUCUGUGAGCAAUGUGUUUAAAGGUAUUAAAUAACAAAGAAAUGCUACUUGAUAGGUCAAAGAAAAAUGAGAAAUUUAAUGAAGUGGUUCUGUUACAGCUGUUGCAUCAUCCCCCAGUUCAUUCCCUCUUCUGUUUCUUUUAUUGUUUUAUCCUCUUGUUGAAAUGAACAAGCGGUGCAUGUUAUGUGCAUUGUCGUCUUAGUGGUGACCUGUGUGAAGUUGACACAAUGUAUAUGCAAAUGAGGCUGCAAGUUAAAGAAAGAUCUUGGAGGUAGGAAUAGUAUUAUUGUUGUCAUCCCUGUUGUUGGUAUACUUAGAAGCUAAGGCUAUAAGUUGUAUAUAUUAUUGUUUGAUUUUAAAUGUUUACCAGUGUCUGUCAUUUUUAGUUUCAGUUAAAUUUUCUAUGUUACUAGGGUCUUCCAGUACAAGCACCUCUCCCCUCUCUUAUCCUCAUACUACUGGAUUAUAACAUUAUCAUACUGCAGCUCUGAUAAUAUGAUCAGUUUUUUACCCAUUUUGACACCCAUUCCCAUGAAAACAGACUGGUGGAUAUCAGCGUGUGUUUUACUGAUAUAGUGCUCCUACAUUUGCAAAUGUAUGGAAUGGCAGAUAUGGCCACUGUUAUUAUGCACAUCUGUGUCUUCCUUACUACUACCAGAAUUUGAUCUUCUGUGGAAGAAAUUAGUCCCCCCGCCCCACACCAUAUUCAAUUGUGAUCAUUUCAACAUAGUUUCCCACCAUACAGCCCAAUACAGGUGGAGUGGAACAGAAGAAGGGAUGGUUUUCAUUUGUGUGGUUUCACUAAGUGACAUCAUUUGCUCAUGCUUCUUAUUCUGAGUAAUCAGAUAACUAGGAAUAACUUCACAGAAUAACACCAUGUUAAUUUCCACUUUUAACUUUCAUGGUUAGAGCUCCAUUAAAUAAGAGGUAACUGAUUGGAUAUUUGGUAUAUUUAGCACUUGAGAAGAUACAGUAUCUGCAUCACACUUACCAGACGUCCUUUUUUUACACCAUGAAAUCAUAUAUCCAUAUUCACAGGAAAGCUUAUGAAUGCAUAUUACCUUGCUCACUAGAGUGAGAUUUAAAUUAUUUUUAGUUUAUUCUUCUUUCUUUGUGUGUGUGUGUUCUCAAAGGUGUUUAUCAAAAUUAAGGCUGAAGAUAUAGUGCUUUAAUGAAUAUGGUAAUGUUAAUUUUGGAAUAAUUGUUUUUGUUCUUUAUCUGUAUCUGGUGUAACAUUGUAUCACAGUACUUUGUAUGAGAAACAUCCAGUGAAGUCCAUUUAAUUGUAUUUAUUAACUAAAAUAUUGUGCUUUUUUAUUUGUAGACAAGUAAUAUGAUGUAUUGAUAUAUAACAAUUUAACUGUACUGGUCUGGGCGUCUUUUAAUUUAUUGAUGUGUACAUACUGUAUGUUUGUUGAUAUACAGCUUAAUUUAUUUUGUACAUGACCAAUAAACACAUUUUAAAAAAUAA